UAAAUACAAAUGUAUUUAAAGAUAAUGAUAUCAAUGUUUGCACCUUUGUAUCUGUGAUAUUCCAGCCCAGUUUGUGAGAGAUGAACCGAUACCCCACCGUCGUGAAGAUCAGGUUUUUGUACACUACCACGUCGAGGCCCCAACAAACGGUGUGUACUGGAGGUUCGGGAAUGUGUACGAAAAGUACCAGAACUGGAACACAGCGUUCAACUGGACAAUGUCCUUCAGAAGGGACUCUGACAUCAGGACUUAUUACGGCUUGAUUAGAAAAAGAAAACACGUCAAAGAAAAAAAUUACACUGCGAUAUUAGCAGCUAAAACGAGUAAAGUCGCUUGGUUAGUUUCAAACUGUAGAUCAGCGUCUAAACGCGAAGAUUACAUCAACGAACUGAAACGUUUCGUAACUGUUGAUGUAUGGGGAGGUUGUGGCAGUUUUAAUUGCCCUAGGGGCGACGAUAAGCACUGUCUGGAUGAAAUUCGCAAGAAAUACAAAUUUUAUUUAGGCUUUGAAAGCAACUUUUGCAAAGACUAUGUCACCGAAAAACUCUACCGGUUCUUCGGUUCCGAUUUCAUUGUUAUCGCCCGUGGAUCAGACUUAUACUCGAGUAUUCUCCCUUCAGAAACGUUUUUAAACGCGGCUGACUUCAAAUCUCCCGAGGAAUUGGCUAAAAGGAUUCUAUAUUUAGAUUCUCAUGACGAUGAAUAUAUUGCAAUGUUGAAAGAGAAAGACAAGUAUUUCAGCAUCUACGAGGAUUAUCCGUUAUAUCGUGCUAAUCCUGUAUUUAUGGAAUACCGUUAUGAGGCUGUCGCAUUCUGCCAGUUAUGUCAACGUAUGUGGAACUUGGAGAAAUAUGCCAAAACUAUUCCAGAUAUGCUUGAGUGGUUUAAUGUUAAGGACUAUAAGUGUUAAUACUAU